AUGGAUAAACACAGUUUGGUGGUUUUGCUCGUUACAGGGAUCUUGGGUGUUUUGAUCAAGUGGUGGUUUCAACGUCGGGCGAUCAGGAAACUCCUUCCACCUGGGCCACCUGCAGACCCUUUUAUUGGGCAUUUGCGUAUCAUACCUCGAGGGAAACAAGCAGAGGAAUUCCAUGAAUGGGCAAAGACUUACGGAGACGUGAUGUAUUUGGAAGCCCCUGGCCGAAAGAUGGUCGUCCUCGAUAGUGUCAAGGCCGCACAAGCACUUUUGGAGGACAAGGGAGCCAAUUACAGCUGUAGACCUCGGUUGGUAAUAUGGGAAUUAAUGGGACGGACAUCUUCUUUAACCUUUUUACCACACGGAAAGCAAUUUCUCAAGCAUAGAAAGACGCUGCAGAGGUUUUUUGGGAAAAAGGAAGCCCUCGCCUUCGAUUCUAUGCUUGCCGAAGAAGCACGAUUGCUGGUCAAAAAUAUCCUUGUAUCUGGACAGGGACAGGGCGACCUUCUAAAAUAUGUGCAUCGACUCACUAUAUCCAACAUAAUGCGAGUUACAUAUGGACAUCAAGUGAAAUCCGAUGACGACGUGUUCAUGCAUUUAGGACAAGUUUUCACGUAUGCUAUUUCUAACUCGGGACCUAUCGGAAACACCCCAGUUGACCUCUUCCCCUGGCUGCGUCACUUUCCCUCUUGGUUUCCAGGUACCUACUACGCCACAUUGGCACGGUCAUGCUACAGCACCAUUCGGAUGAUGUACGAUAUUCCUAUCGAACUUGUUAUGAAAGAUAAGACAGUUACACGAUCGUUUAUCUCAGAUAAACUGGAGGAGCUAGACCAAAAUGAUGACCCGGAAGCAUUCAGUCUCGAGGAUAUUAAAGGUGCUGGAGCCACGCUAUUCUCUGCUGGGCAGUCAACGACCUACGAUGCUUUGACAGCGUUCGUUCUCGCAAUGGUUCUCGAUCCCAAAAUUCAACAACGAGCAUACGAAGAGAUUAUUACCGUGGUUGGCCAAGAUCGUUUACCCGACUUGAGCGAUCGUAAAUCUCUUCCGUAUCUGGAAUGCAUUCUUCAAGAGAAUUUCCGAUGGCAUGUCGUCUUUCCCUUAGGAGUGCCUCAUCGCGCUCAGGAAGACGACUUUUUUAACGGGAUGUUUAUACCAAAGGGCACCAUUGUAAUUCCGAAUCUCAGGGGUAUGAGUCGAGAUGAGCGUGUCUAUUCCGAUCCUCUCAAGUUUGAUCCUUCGCGGUAUCUUCCCGCACCUGAAGGAAAGGCCGAGCCUCCAUAUCCUGCGAUGUGGGGUUUCGGAAGACGAAUAUGUCCCGGUCGACACUUUGCUGAGACGGCCAUUUGGCAUGCGAUGGCGUGCGUACUAGCAACUUUGGAGAUCCUCCCGCCAACGGAUGAGAAAGGUAAGGUUGUUGUGCCGGAGUUGGUUAUCACGGAGGGAUUCGCCAGUGGGAUUGAGCCGUUCAAAUUCGAAGUCCGUGCUCGGUCCGAGAAGAGCAGAGCGUUGAUAGAAACGAUUGAUUAG